CAAAAAAAAAAAAAAAAUCAAAAGUUGAUAUAAUAGUUCUUUAGUAUCUUAUUAUUAUCGACUUGUUAUACUAUAUUAGUCCAUAAGAAAAUCCUUUUGAUUAUUUUCCUUAUAGAACUUUAUGCAAUGUUAACUGACUCUUAUAGCAAUUACCUACUUGCCUCACUGACAUUAUUUUGUUUAGCUAUAAGCGAAUCUUUUAUCCAAGUGGCGAUAGAUAAUAUAUUAACUGUACCUAACGUAGCAGCUUACGACAUGCCUUUUGUCUAUGGUGGAAACAUAAUUACAAAUAAGAUUAUAGUCAUUAUAACUCUUUUUUUUUUAGAUACCUCAUAAGUGAUGAAAUAUGUUAAUAUCUAGCUCUAAUUAGUUAUUUAAAGCUAUUGAAUUAUUUCCUGAUCACUACU